AGGGCAGACCUCCAAGGCUAGCCCUGAACAUCCCGCGAUUUGUUGACCAGAGUCGGAAUCGCGCAUCCCUGCGAACUCAGAGGCUGCUCGCUUCCCUCCCCCGCUUUGAAGCUUGGCAGCCAACUGAGAGUCCAGGAAGCCGCGCACGACGUCAGAGAAGGAAGCCAACAACGAGGCUUUUUUUCCCCUCUGACACUUUCUCUUUCGUUCAAAGGGAGGCGAGUUUUCUGGGCGUUUUAGAACGUUGCGGCGGCGAGGAGGCGCUUUUGAAGUUCUCGGGGCGCGCCAGGAAAAUCGCCUUCCUUUCCUCCCCGGCUUAAGCGCAUUCCAGGGGCCGCCAUGGAGUCGGAGGAGGCGCAGCCGGACAGCCUAGAGGGUUGGGUGGCCAUCAAGGAAAACCUUUUCGGCCAGCCCGAGCCGCCCCACAAGCUGCGCUUCCUUGUGGCUUGGAACGCCGUGGAGAGCAAGUUCGCGGUGACUUGUCACAACCGGACUUUGCAAGAACAAGCCGGCGGGGAGAAGGAGAAGGAGGAGGCUGGCGACGAGCAGCGGCUGAGCUGGGCCGGCUUGUACUCUCCGCAGGCCUUGCUGGGCGUCCAUCGGCAGCUGGCGGCGUUGAACCAGCAGCUGGAGCCCUGCUUCCCCACGCUGCCCCCCGCGUUGGCCGGCCCCAGCGGCUUCUGGGCGCUGCUGUUCCCCAGCUGCCCGGUCUUGGGCGAGGCGGAGCUGGAGACCCUGUGCCGGCGCCUGGAAGCCUACCUCGGUUGGGCCUUGGAAGUGUGCGGGCGGAAGACGCUCCUGGACUCGCUCUUCGCCCACGACCAGGACGAGGAGGACGAGUAUUUUGAAAAUUUGCAGGAGUUCCGGAGGAAAAGUCUCAAGGGGCGGCUGAGCGCGACCAAGGAGACCUUGAGAGGGGUUCUCCACAAGCACAAAGAUGCUGAUAAGAUGGUAGAUUUAAUGGAGCUGUACAAGGCGGAAGAUGAAGCUUAUUGGGAGCUGGUUACUGUGGCAACUGAAUUCUAUCAAUAUUUAUUGUUACCAUUCCGAGACAUGCGAGAACUGGCCACGUUAUACAGACUUGAGAUUCUGAAAUCCUUGCAAGCUGACCGGCUUGGCCCCAAAAGGGUAGACGCUUUGCAGAAAGAGGCCAAGGAGUGGACAGAUCGGGCUGAGGAAACUGUGAGCUCCAUUCAAAACAUCACGGUUGGCUACUUCAAGGAAACUGUGACUGCACUUGCAGCAAUGCACAAACAGAUGGAGCAAGAUCAAAAGCGAUUUGGCCAAGCUGCCUGGGCGUCAGCUUCUCCAAGAUUAGAAAACUUAAAGUAUCUGCUAGCAAAAGAAACCCUUCAGCAUAUGAGAGCCAGGGAAUUGUGCCUGAAGCACAAAAGAGCUGAUAUCAGAAAGCAAAUGGAGACACUCGGCGAGCAGAAAAACGAUGUGGCUCAAGUGGAAAAGCUGGAACUAGAAUAUUAUGAAACCCAGUUGGAGCUGUAUGAGGUACAGUUUGAAAUACUGAAGAAUGAAGAAAUGUUGUUGGUUGCACAGCUGGAGACUUUGAGGAGGCAAAUAAAAGAGAUUCAGGAUGAAGUGAUUUAUUAUGACACGUGUGAAAACUCUGAUGAGUUAGAAGCUAUGGAUCAGACCCUGGAAGAAAUCUGUGCAUCUUCCUCUGAAGUAGCCCAGCUCAGGCAGAAGACCCAGCAGCUGGAGAAAAAACGGGGGAUUAUCUGCUCCAGGAGAGCUUAUCUCAGGAACAAGAAGGAUCAAUGUGAAGAGAGCCGGCAUCUUAGGCUCCAGCAGGCACAAGAGAGCACACGCUACUUCCUACAGCAUCACAGCAUCCAGAUCAAAAGAGAGAAGAGAAAAGAAGAUGAGAAAAAGAAAAAUGCUUGGAUAAAGGAGGAGCGGCAGAAAACUCUGGAGAGGCUAAAAACUUUCAAGGAGAAAUGUCCUGCUCAGUUUGUGCUGAAGACUUCCCGGUUCCAGCCUGUCAACUCCAAGCAGGCUGGACCACGACGAGCUCCAGCAGUUUCCCCCCAAGCUGGGUCAAUAAGCAAGGGGCCAACUGCUAAGCAGUCCAGGAACAUGCAUCCAGCAAAAGUCAGAACUUCCAAAGCACCAUGUCAGAAGCCUUCCAGAGAUGUUCCCAUCCAGAUUUUUGUACCACCACGUGGCCUGGAGCCUCCCAAGGAAGGUGAGGGGGCACCACUACCCGUGCCUCCGCCCCCGCCCCCGCCCCCACCAUCAAGUGUCCAAACUAUUUGCUUAAAAAGCACAGGAGCCAAAGAUACAUCACAGCCUCUUGUGUGUGAAGGCUCUCCUAAAGGAAGUACCUCCCUGGAGAAAGCAGACCCUGCAUCCAGAUGCCCAACCAAGAAUUACACAGGGACCAUGGAUGAGGUCUUGGCUUCCCUCAAGCGUGGCGAAAUCCUCCUCCGCAAAGUGGACCUGACCCACCAGGCACCUCCCACUGGCAACUCUCUCAAUGACAGCAUUCUCGCUGCCAUUAGGCAGGGUGUUAAACUGAGGAAAGUCAAUCAAGAGCCCAAGGCAGACAUUGCGAGGGGUUCUGGCAGUGAGCUGGAGCAAAGCAUCAAGGCAGCCAUCCAGAGAAUUAAGAAUGUGUCAGCUGAUUCAGAUGAUGAUGAAAAUGGCGAGUUCAACAGCGAGGAAUGGAACAGUUAAUGGAAUGGUUGGCUGGUUGCAUUUAGGAGCCCCUCAGAAGCUCGUGAGGGAUUCUUUGGUGAGAAGACAGCUAACCGCAAAGGAGUGCUGAACAGGAAGCGUGGUCUGGGGCCCACAGGUUGGCUAAUGUCCUGCAUGAAUCAGGCAUCCCAGAAUCCUCAGCAGCUCCUUGGAGUUCUGGGGCAGCUGAGGAAGUGUGGGAAAUGUUCCUUGAUCAAUGUCAGAAAUGUCCAAGCUGUCAAGUGAAUUUGGGACAAGUCCUUUACUGACACCGAGCUUUACGCUCUGAAGUUUGCACUUUUUCUUUCUUUUUUGCAAGGGAACCAGCACCCCUUAGGGAAUCGAAGUGUAGUGACAAUGUUUCAGAGCUUUAAAAAGCCCUCUUGACUCCAUCCCAAACUCACGUUACUGUAUGGAAACACUAUUCAUUUGAUUAAGCCUGUUCCAAAACCAUGGUUAAGAUUGUCCUAGGAAAAUGAAUUACUCCUUGGAAACUACUACUCAGGUGCAUAGGAACAGAGGGAAAUCAUCUCCAUGGGAUACAUUUGUAAAAACUUUUUGAGUAUUCUCAUACCAGUGAAAGGUGAGCUCUUUGAAUACCUUGUCCUGUGAAAAUAUGGUCCCGGUUACACCGAAUAUUUGCUGACUAGAAAGGUUUUGGUUUAAGCGGAAAUGGCUUCUUUCAACACUGCCAAGCCAAGGGAGACCUGAGCUGGUGGAGGGGAUCUGGUGUCUUUGUCAACUACAAGGUCAACAUGAGCCAGCAGCGUGAUGCAUCUGUUAAAAAGGACAAAUGCUCAUUUGUCUCAGCAUAGAGUCCAGAUCAUGAAAAAUAAUAGUUCUACUCUAUUCUGCCUUGGCCAGACCCCACUUGGAAUACUGUGUCUAGUUCUGGAUGUGGUACAAAAAGGACAGUGACAAAUUGGAAUAAAAUCAGAGGAGUUCUGUCAUUGAUGAGGAGGAGUCUGGAAAUCAAGCCCCAUGAGGAAUAGUUAAAGGACUGGGAUAUGUUUAGCUGCAGAGAGAGACAAAUGAGGAGAGACAUGACACCUGAGGGGUGGUCAUAUAGAAGAGGGAAUGGCCUUAUUUAUUACUCCAGAGACCAGGACCAGUGGUUAAAACCACAAGGAGGUGUGAAAAAAAUAUCUGAAGUACUUACGUAGGAAGGGUAGAGCUUAUGACUUCAAGAGAGGGCUGCUAAUUUUUAAAAAUGCUGGGCACUCCUGCUUGUUUUAACAGCUCCAUCAUCAACUGACUAUGAAGAAUUGCCAAUCCACAGUGUGCUUCCCUUUUCCAGGAUAAUUUUGCCUCUGCAAGCUAGCUUUGUUUGGUAGAUGGGGACCUCAGCUGAAGGAAUAGCCCUCAAACAGCACUGGCCAGAUUAUUCAUCUCCUUCCAUCCUUUGACAAUGGCAGCUUAAAAAAAAGUCAAGUUCCCAUCAAUAUGGAAUGAGUGUAAUCAAGGCCCAGGACCAUCUUGGGUUGUUGAGAGCAAGGCAUCCUGGACUGGGAGUGUCUGUACAUCAUGCUUGGUUGCCUCAGUGAAGGAACAGGGUCCUGUUUGCAUCAUGCUUGUUGCAUUUACCAGAUUCCAUCUUCACUACCUUCACAGCCAUCCUGCCCACUAGGAAUAUUGGCUAAGAUAAGAAAUCAUGUAUUAUUUAAUGUAUCCUUUGUCUGCAAUGGCCAGAGUCUUGAAUGAGCCUCGUCCAAAAUGAACUUCAACUUCAGUCCAUGUCAGAAUAGAUUGCAUAUCUCAUCUCUUUUGCCAUAUUUUGCAUUUCUGUGUAUUUUUUUCUGACCGUGUCCAGGGUGCCAAGCAUGAAAUCUCUUCUAUUUGGUUAAAUAUAUUCCUGAUUUGCAUCAGACUGUUCCAAACUAAUUGUAUUGAGACUUUUCUCCAGUAUCUGUGGUUUUCCAUCUGUUUGCAAUGUCAGUGUUAAGUUGUACCAGAAGGCUUAAAAUGAAUUCUUAAUCCUUUUUAAAUUAGCAGUAUUUCUAAUGCAUCCCAAAAGCCAAUGGUUGUAAAACUUUUACUAACCGUUUUCCAACAGAACAUUACAACAC